UUUUUUGUGCUUUUCAUUUUUGUUUUGGUUUUUGUUUGGUUUAGUUUUUAGAGACAGAGUCUCACUUAGUCGCCCUGGAUAGAGUGCUGUGGUGUCAUAGCUCACAGCAACCUCCAACUUUUAGGCUCAAGCAAUUCUCUUGUCUCAGCAUCCCGAGUAGCUGGGACUACAGGCGCACACAAUGCCCGGCUAUUUUUUUUUAAGAAACAAAGUCUUUCUCUUGCUCAGGCUGGCCUCAAACUCCUGAGCUCAGGCAAUGUACCCUCCUCAGCCUCCCAGAGUGCUCAGAUUACAGCCACCCAGCCUGGCCUAACUACAAUUUAUUGAGGGGCUGCUGUGUACCCAGCACUGUGCUAAGCACUUCCUGCCUGUCACCUCAUUUAAUCACUUCAAAUGUCUAUCAGUAUCUUCAUUUUACUGAUAAGGAAAUGGAGGCAGGAGCUAUGGAGGCCUGAGAAACACCUGUGUAGGCUUUGUACCACCUGAGACUGCCCCUCAGGGAGGGAAAGAAAAAUUGUAACCAGUCCCACCCUUUAUGCCAAGCCAGAUACCCUUUUUCUCAUUCUCACAAAAAUCCACAAAAUCCUGAUGGGCUCCCUGAGGCUCUGGAACCAGAAGCCAGAUGGCCAUCCCAUCACCACGCAUCCAGCAAUAGAAAAACCAGGAAUUGGAUCUGGGUUUGUCUGACUUCAAAGCCUAUAUUACUGACCCUUCUCCUAAAUCGCUCUGCAGCCCCCUCCACAUUCUGUGAGUUCUCCAGAACACACAGGAGGCGCAGCCACUCAAUUCAGCUUCACUUGAUCUCCCUAAUUUUAUCUUAUUUGCUUCUGGCCAUUUUUACAAUCCAUCCAAGUCAUCUUGUUCACCCUUCCCCCCCACCCCCCUGCCCCCAACUGGCUCAGGGAAAAUUCCACAUUAUUCUUCUCAGCAGUUAAUCACCUCUUCACCUAAUUGAGGAACGGGGUCUUGGCGAGUUGUCCAAGUCACUGAUGAAGAUGCUAUAACCUUCUUGACCCACGGUGGAUCUCUGCCAACCUCUGUUUGGUACCACUCGGGGCUGGAACAAGGCUCUGCUAACCUUUUUUUUUUUUGGCCUCUGCUGCCAGGACCACUCAUCCCCCAUGGCUGUGUGGUCUGACCACAUUUCUCCAGUUUACUGAGGGUGUGUUAUGUGGGAGAGAAUCCAAAGCUAUGCAAAGGCCGGGAGAGAUUUUACUCUGCUUCUUUUCUGACCACCAGGCCUGACAGCCACAGAAUAAUAUUAGAUUAAUCUGGCAGAUUUUCUUAUCUACUAUGCUUUGUGGUUGAAUACCCUAUGUUGUGUUUGCCAGAGAUGUUUACAAAUUGGCUUUCUGAAAGUUUUCCCAAUAUUUUUCCAGAUUAAAAAAUACCAUUUAUUCUCUUGUCAGGGUUUAUGUAAUACCUACUGUACCUGCCAUACUAUGGUAGGACUUCGUGGCUCUGUUGUUUACCCCGAUCUUAGUGGUGACCCAACUCCCAACCUUCCAGAAUGUCCCAAGUGUUUCUUCAAGUUAAAGAAUUUGGAUUUGAUACAAAUAAUUUCCUUACAACAGCCACCAAAAUGCACCCAAGAGAGCCAAACAGAAUUCUCAGAGGACAUUUUAAAAGAAGGUAAAUUCCUUUUUAUUUGGGGUGACUUAAUGCUCUCACUGCUUGGAAGGCAAAGGUCUUCGUGAGAUGGCCCUACCAAGGAUGUGCCAGUGAACCCAGAGAGAGUCUGAAAAUUCUGCCAGGCCAGUAGCAUAGGCACAUGGGCUUUUGUCGAAGGAAUCGGUGGAAGAAAUAAGACAGCUGAGAACUCUCGUCAGACACAUAACCCACAGCACAAAUACCAUAUGUCUUCAGGCUCCUGCCUGUCAAACCCAUCUUUACCCUGUGCUGGUAAGUGAAGAAGGGCUGGCAAUAAUUUCUGCAGACCUAAAGAGUUUCUGAACCGUUCUCUUAAGGCGUAUCUGUUGACAAAAGAUUAGGUCCUGAUCACCAGGAAAGCACAGCUGGCAGGAGGGCAGCUAGCCCUGGGCACAUUGGUGGCAUUCACAACGGCGCUGUCAUGAUUCUCCACCUCUGCUCUUUUGCAGACAUCACUGGGCAGGGAGGGGAGGCUUUUGAUGCCAAGAAAACCAUUUUUCGUAAAUGCAGAGGAUCUAGAAAGAUAAAUUCAAACAGGCCAAAGCACACAGGAAGAAGACGGGCAGCCAAAGCAGCGCGAAGGAAACAGAAGGUAGAGCUCACCAGGAUGCAGCAGAGGAUAGGCAGAGAGUCCUGGCGUUGGGAUCCCUUCUGAGACAACUACUCCUUGUGUAUUAGACGCAGCAGGGGACAAGCUGCAGGCCUGGGCUCCCUGAAAGAGUUCAUCCCAAGAGAACAAAACAGGGGCCAUGAGAGCAGCAGGGGAAGAGUGGGGACUCAUCUUUCCCUUCCAAACACUGCCUCUCAAAGAAAGGGCAAGAGCUAGCUGACAAAUGCAAGUAAUUGCCAGACUUUGAGAAGUGUGGAAAUGUGUCCCUUAAGUCUGAAGGGAAAGAACUUUAGGGGGCUUUGGCUCACCUCAGGGGUAACCCGUCAGGCUGGCUUAUCACCUGAGCAACCAGAAUAAUGAAUUGCUGUGUCAGUCAUCUGGGUACUGCCAAGUAACCGCCCCCUUGCAGCUCCUCACUGCACACGGGGGUGUUUGAGUUAAGGCACUUAGACACAGAGAAGAUGGGAGAGGCUGGGGCUGUGAAACCAGGGUCAGAAUCUUGGCUUCUUUCCAAAUAGAAAAGUUAAAAUCUGUCCUUCAGGGUCCACAGCCACCUAGAAGAGGCCCUUACCUCCCUAUGGCUGGGCACUUUCCUGGCUGGGGAAGGUGAUGGCAAAGGAAGUGAAGGGAACACACAGGUCAGUGGGAGAAACAGGAGAAAAUUCCCAGGUGAUGCUUCCCCACCGUCCUUCCCACACCAUCCCAGAGCACAGGCUUAGACAGGGGUCUGUGUGGAAUUGAUGUGGGGGCACAGGGCUCUUAACAGAUUCUUUGUUUUUUCACAAGACUAUUCAGAAGAGAAUUAAUAGGUUUUGUGGCAGCCGUAUCUUUUUGUUUAAAAAGGAUUGGACCUCUGGGUUUGGUUUUCCAAAUUGUGUGGCACCACCUUGCGACCGUUUCCUCCUUUGCUUAUCAGUUUGGGGUCUCGGAGCUGCUGCCAGUUGUAGUGAAGAUGGGACACAAUUGGACAGACCUGUGGCUGCAUUAAUCCCGGGGGAAGGAGGGUGGCAAGGUCAGAUAGCAAUGGUUUUCCUCUUUCUUUCUCUUCCCCCUCCUCGUCUUCCCAUCCUCUGGUGAUGCAUUUGACCCUUCCUACUGUCAUUGAGCUGACUCCUUCUCAGUCCAGGCCAAAGGCAGGUUAUCUUAGAGAGGAUGCUUUUGAUGGAGAGAAGCAACACCAAAGAAUAAGAUAUCAGGGGCAGCUCCCAGGUUCUCCUACCCUGUGUCUUUAGCCCCUCUCUGUGAGCUAAUGAACACCCUUAGAAUGUUCCCACCCCAAAGAACUCAAUCUCCUGCCAAGAUGCACACCACCCACUUACCUGGCAUCAGGGACCUUUAUUCAGGAGUUUAACGCUUUGCCAGCUUACCUGGUCUUUGGAAUCUUUGAAAUAUUCUUGGUCAGACUUUCACCCCCACCCGCUCCCCUUCUUCAUUCCAGAACACUGAGCAUCAGGCUAUCUUUCCUGUUUCUGAUGGGCUCUGAUUCCGCAUGCAGCUGAGUUCUGGAAGCACUGACAGUGCAGGAUAUGAACAGGCCGUACUUGUAGUGGAAAAAAUUCCAAAUUAGUCGCCCACAUUAGGUGGCCUGGCUCAAGCUCAGUUAUACACAGCUGGGAAGAAACAUCACCAAAGACGUGGGUCAACUGGCACAGUUCUAAAUGUUGAGACCUAGCACAUUUGUGCUCUGGUGGCUGCCUUAAGGAGCACGUCUGGAGCUGGACGUUGACUUGAGGAGAAAUGCAGACGUACCGUGAGCAUCUACGGAGUGCUCGGCUUGGUUUGAAGUCUUAUUUCAGUUUUAACAAUUGUUCUGGACUUUCCUGUCUCAGGCAUCAUGUCUUUGUCUGCCAAAGUCAUGAGUACUCGAUGUAUACCCCUGGCAUUUUGCAUGGGAACUGGAGGCCCCAUGUUUACUCAUACCACCUCAUGCAACAAAGCCUAGAUCUGAAACAGAAAAGUCCUAAUUUCCUUUCUUGAACUAACUUAGCUUCAUAAAAAACUACAGCAGGUACCAGAGCACCUUCUUGCCUUGCUAGUAAUCCACAUGUUCAUAGUAACACUUAAAGUUUGAUUUUCUUUUUGUAAAGAAGUAAAAGUUAACAGAUCAGAACAAGGGUGAGAAAUCAAAUCAAUCAAAGCUUUUUGAGCAGGUUAUUAUAAUACGUAUUUUUAAAGUCAGGUUUACUGAAGUAUAAUUUAGGUUGUAAGAAUUUUGUAAUUUGCAUUAUUAAACUUAAUGUAAAAUACACAUAAAAUUUACCAUCUUAGCAAUUUUUAAUGUACAGUUCAGUAGUGUUAAGUAUAUGCAACAGUAUCAGAACUUUUUUUUUCGUCUUGCAAAACUGAAACUCUAUACUCAUUUAACAAUUGCCUGUUCUCCCUUCCCCCCAACCUCUGGCAACUGCUGUUCUACUUUCUGUCUCUAUGAAUUUGACUACUCAAGGUAUCUCAUCGUACCGGUUCCUGUAGUCAGUUUAGAGAAAAUCCCUAACCUAGUGAAGGCAGAUGGUGCCAAUAUCAAAAUGAACUCUCCGACCACUGCUGCAGUUGCCGCCUCCUCCGCCCCAUCCUCUGCCAUCCCCACCCCUCCUUUAAUUAAGCCCGUCCUGAUGUCCAAGUCGGUGCCACCUUCACCAGAGAAGAUCUUAAAUGGCAAAGGAAUUCUGUCUGCUACCAUAGACAAGAAACUACAAAAUGGCACCAAAAACAGCAACAAGCCUUACAGGAGACUUUCAGAGAGAGAAUUUGACCCAAAUAAACACUGUGGAGUAUUGGAUCCCGAGACAAAGAAACCUUGCACAAGAUCCCUCACCUGCAAGACACAUUCUCUAAGCCAUCGGAGGGCAGUCCCAGGCCGGAAAAAGCAGUUUGACCUCCUCCUGGCAGAACACAAAGCCAAGUCCCGGGAAAAAGAAGUUAAAGAUAAAGAGCAUCUCCUGACUUCUGCAAGGGAAAUACUUCCAAACCCAUCCGGGCCGGCACAGGAUUCUCUGCCAGGAUCUUCAGGGAGCUCUGGGCCAGAACCAAAAGUUGCAUCCCCUGCAAAAUCCAGGCCACCUAACUCUGUACUCCCCAGACCAUCAUCUGCAAACAGCAUAAGCAGCAGCACGUCUUCGAAUCACAGUGGCUACACUCCAGAGCCCCCGUUCCCCCCAGUUGGAGCUGACCUCGCCAGCCGACUGUCCAGUGAUGAAGGGGAGAUGGACGGAGCCGACGAACCCGAGAAGCUAGACUGUCAGUUCUCCACACACCACCCCAGACCUCUCGCGUUUUGCUCAUUCGGCAGCCGCCUCAUGGGACGAGGGUACUAUGUGUUUGAUAGAAGAUGGGAUCGUUUUCGAUUCGCGCUAAACUCCAUGGUAGAAAAACACUUGAAUUCACAGAUGUGGAAGCACAGAAGCCCGAGCCACAGGGCAUCAGGUCCCUCCCCCCUGUUCAGGACUUGCCUAACCAAUCUGCUGUCACUGAGCAACAUUGGGGCUGCCUGGGUGUCAACUCUGGAGAGCGUAGCACCCCGCUGCCCUCCCAACCUCGCUGCCCAAACCCCAGGCCCCGACGGGCCCGAACCUGGAGGGAUGGCAGCCGAUGGGGGCGUGGAAGACAUUAGGAAGAAAAGGAACGGUCAAGACUCUUUUUUCUUUAACAAGCAUUUAACUCUGCAUCAGGAGACGCCAACACAGUAUUCUCUUUCAGCCAGGAAGAUCCCUCCUGCGGCAGAUAGCCCCCUGCCCUCGCCAGCAGCCCACACCACCACCCCUGUUCCAGCAUCCGUUUUGCAGCCUUUCAGCAACCCCAGUGCUGUGUAUCUUCCUUCAGCUCCCAUCAGCUCGAGACUCACCUCUUCUUACAUAAUGACAUCAGCCAUGCUCUCAAACGCAGCUUUUGUGACAUCGCCGGACCCAAGCGCCCUCAUGCCCCACACCACAGCUUUCCCUCAUGUGGCUGCAACCCUCAGCAUCAUGGACUCAACCUUCAAGACCCCAUCCGCCGUGUCCCCGAUACCAGCCGUCAUCCCUUCCCCAUCCCACAAGCCAUCCAAAACCAAAACCAGCAAAUCCUCAAAAGUCAAAGACCUGUCUGCCCGUAGCGACGAGUCUCCAAGUAACAAAAAGAGGAAGCCACAGUCUUCGACUUCCUCCUCCACCUCCUCCUCCUCCUCCUCCUUAUCCUUGCAGACAUCCCUCUCGUCUCCACUGUCAGGGCCCCACAAAAAGAACUGUGUUUUGAACGCCAGUUCUGCUUUGAACUCCUAUCAGGCGGCCCUUCCCUAUAACAAUCUGUCUGUGCACAACUCAAACAAUGGGGUGAGCCCACUCAGUGCCAAACUGGAGCCCUCAGGACGGACCUCGCUGCCCGGCGGCCCUGCGGACAUAGUGAGACAGGUGGGCGCGGUGGGAGGCAGCAGUGACUCCUGUCCCCUCUCUGUGCCCUCCCUUGCGCUCCACACAGGGGACCUCUCUCUGGCCUCACACAAUGCUGUGUCUUCUCUGCCCCUCUCUUUUGACAAAUCAGAAGGAAAAAAGCGUAAGAACUCAAGUUCUAGUAGCAAAGCCUGUAAAAUCACUAAAAUGCCUGGUAUGAAUAGCGUUCACAAAAAGAACCCGCCCAGCCUUCUUGCACCGGUGCCCGAUCCCGUUAACAGCACCUCCUCUCGGCAGGUAAGGGACCUCCUGGCACUGCCUUCACCAGCUCUGGGGGGCAGGGGGAGCUGGGCAGUGCCCCUGCUUAGCCGGGUGGCUCAGACAGGUGACACAAGCACGACUCCUUUCUUGGCCUUCCCCAAAGGCAAUUUUCACCCUCUGCUCUGAGAGCAGUUUACUUAACAAAUACUCCCAACUCUCACUCCAUGCUAGGCACUGUUCUAAGCACUUUACAAAUAUUACCUCAUUUCAUUCUCACAACUCCACUCUGUAGAUGAGUAAACUGAGGCACAGAGAGAUUCUGAGUACCCCACUCCACGUCUGCCUAUUUUAUCUUUCGGGGUUCCAAGGUCAUUAAAGAGUUCUGCUGCUAA